CUUAAAAGUGCGAAAAAGGGCGCGUAAUAGAAUUGAUAGCUAUCAUCUUUUGAUUGUUAAAAGCAAUUCUUUCUGCAUCACUGUCAAGUCAAAAAACACUUUCACCAGCAUACACCCACACUUUCUUGCCCAACAUGCGGUACUACGAAAAAGCUUUGCCCGAUACGGACGAAGUGGUGAUGUGUCAAGUACGUCAAAUUGCCGAAAUGGGAGCAUACGUAAAAUUGCUAGAAUACGAUGAUGCAGAAGGAAUGAUUUUAUUAUCAGAAUUGAGUAGAAGACGUAUUCGUAGUAUUCAAAAAUUGGUCAGAGUUGGAAGGAAUGAAGUUGUGGUGGUUUUAAGAGUUGACAAAGAAAAAGGUUAUAUUGAUUUAUCAAAACGUCGUGUUUCACCUGAUGACGUUAUGAAAUGCGAAGAACGUUAUAACAAAUCCAAAGCCGUUCAUACGAUCAUGUCACACAUCGCAGGAAAACUAGCCAAACCUAUCGAAAGUCUAUACGAAUCAAUCGCUUGGCCAUUGGACCGGAAAUACGGACAUGCAUAUGAUGCAUUCAAGAUUGCUGUUGCGGAACCAAAUCUAGUCUUUGACGAUAUGACAAUCGAUCCAGAAGUGUUCAAAGAAUUACAAGCAAACAUUGCAAGAAGGUUAACACCUCAACCGGUGCGAAUUCGUGCAGAUAUCGAAGUUACUUGUUUCUCAAGCGAAGGAAUUGAUGCAAUCAAAGCAGCCUUGAUCAAAGGUGAACAGACUGAAAAGGAAAACAUUCCGAUCAAAGUCAAACUUGUUGCACCGCCACUAUACGUUCUUCUCUCAACCACGACAGAUAAACAAGGAGGGAUUGAACUUAUGGAAAAAGCAGUCGAAGAGAUUGCAACCGAAAUCCGUAAAGCUGGAGGUGAACUAAACGUCAAAAUGAAGCCAAAGACCGUUUCAGAAUCGGAAGAUCAAGAAUUAGAGCAGCUUAUGGAACGUGUAGAAAGGGAGAACGCCGAAGUGGAAGGUGAUGAGGACUCUGAAGAUGAACAAGUAUAAGAAGAAAACCUUUCAUUCUUUCACCACAUUUGUACACUGAUAUUGCAAUCGAUUCGAUUCCUGGUCUCAAUCUAGAUAAGCGUGUGACUUUGGCUCUUGUAAUGCUCAGAUGCAAAACUCAUUUGCCGCUAAACUGAUUUGGUACAGCUCAUACAGAUAAGAUCACUCAAACAAGGGGAAACAUCUAACCGUUCAAAUUGAGUUGUGAAAGUGUCUAUAGUGUGUACAGAUG